AUGGGGAAUCUGAUUAACCGGCUGACCCAACUUGCAGAUCAGGUGGCAGCCCAUGUGCCCAACCCGGGGCCGGGGCCUGGACCGGGGCCAAGGCCACAGCCGCAGCCUCAUCCACAGCCUCAGCCGCAGCCGCAGCCUCAGCCGCAGCCUCAGCCGCAGCCGCAGCCGCAGCCACAGCCACAGCCCCCAGAUCAGCCAAUGGACGUUGAGAGAAACCCCGAACAAUUGGUCACACUGUACAAGGAGCUACUUCACAAGAACAAGAUGUUACGUCGGAAUGUAUUGAGACUGGAGCGUCGGCGUAAGAAACGGCUACGCCAACGGAGCAGACGUCGACGGCACGGCCAAAACCAACCCUGGCAAAGCCUGAUCACCUCGCCACACUUGAACGGUCAAACAUGCUGUUAUGUUGUCGUCCCCUGUCCAGUAUACCAGCCUUGCGGUAGCUGCUGUACGAUGCAAUAUUAA